GCCAUACAUGAUGAUAUAACGUAUUUUCGAGGAGAAUCCCGUGUGUUCCCAGUAUAAUGGUUUCCACUAGAAUCAAACAAAGAAAACUCACACACCCUUCCAUUAAAUUGUUACGAAAACUACAGGGAAUUUAUGUAAGGGGUACACUUUGAGAAAUAAAUUUUUGAUUUCUCAAAAUAUUAUGGAACAAUAAGUUCGAGUAUUGCUUUACCAAAAUCGCCUAUAAGCAUUUUUUGUAAGAUUUAAGUUAUUAUAAUCCUCUUUUAAAUUACAUAUACUCUAUCGUUUUUUCCAGUGCAUUUAAGUCAGUCUGCCAUGUAGGUAUAUAAUAAUGACUAGCCAAAUUUGAAGAAACCAACGAACUAACAAGACCCCAAAACUUAAGGAGACUAAACGAAAUUUCCUUCGGUUUUUUGUCAAAUAAUUCCGGCUAGACACCAGAGCAUUUUUUGUACUGUCUACUAAAUAUAAUAUCUGAUUUUACCAGGAUGAGCUCCAACAAGAAGGUUGAGACGCGCCAAGAGAGCGACACCCUGGGCCCCAUGGAGGUGCCCAUGGAUCGCUAUUACGGCGCCCAGACGAUGCGCUGCCUCAUAAACUUUCGCAUUGGCGGCGAGGAGGAGCGAAUGCCGCGCCAGAUAAUUCAGGCCAUGGGCAUACUGAAGAAGGCGGCAGCCGAAACAAACCAGGAAUUCGGCUUGGAUCCCAAGCUGAGCACGGCCAUCUCGAAUGCGGCCGAUGAUGUGAUCUCCGGAAAGCUUUACGAUGAGGGUCACUUCCCACUGCCCAUUUGGCAGACGGGAUCGGGCACCCAGAGCAACAUGAACAGCAACGAGGUUAUCGGGAAUAGGGCCAUCGAGCUGCUGGGCGGACGUAUUGGUACCAAGGACCCAGUGCAUCCCAACGACCAUGUGAACAAGUCGCAGAGCUCCAACGACACCUUCCCGUCGGCCAUUCACAUUGCGGUGGCCACUGCGCUGACCAAGGAACUCCGUCCGGCGGUUACCGCUCUGCGGGAUUCACUGCAGGCCAAGUCGAAUGAAUGGAAGGAUAUCAUCAAGAUCGGACGCACCCACACCCAGGAUGCAGUGCCGCUAACGCUGGGACAGGAGUUCAGUGGCUAUGCCCAGCAGCUGACCAACGGGUUGCAGAGAAUCGAUGCGGUCCUGCCGCGAGUUUAUCAGCUCGCACUGGGUGGAACCGCCGUGGGAACUGGAUUGAAUACCCGCCGAGGAUUCGCCGAGAAGUGUGUGAAGCGGAUUGCCCAGCUCAGUGGAUUGCCAUUCGUGGUGGCGCCCAAUUUUUUCGAGGCCCUGGCCUGCCGAGAUGCCAUGGUGGAGGUGCAUGGAGCGCUCAAUGUCCUGGCUGUUAGCCUGAUGAAGGUCACCAAUGAUAUACGUUUCCUGGGAUCAGGACCACGCUGCGGACUUGGCGAGCUGUUUCUGCCGGAGAAUGAGCCGGGCAGUUCUAUCAUGCCCGGCAAGGUGAAUCCCACGCAGUGCGAGGCCAUGACCAUGAUCUGCGCCCAGGUGAUGGGGAACCACGUGGCCGUCUCCGUCGGCGGUGCCAAUGGACACUUCGAGCUGAACGUUUUCAAGCCACUGAUUGCAUCCAAUGUGCUCCGUUCCAUCAAGCUGCUGGCUGAUGGGUGCAUCAGCUUCAAUUGCAACUGCGUCAAAGGCAUUAAACCCAACAAGGAGAAGCUGGCCAAGAUCGUGAAUGAGUCGCUAAUGCUGGUGACAGCACUCAAUCCGCACAUUGGCUAUGACAAGUCCGCCCAGAUCGCCAAGGCGGCGCACAAGAAUGGAACUACUCUGAAGGUGGAGGCCUUGAACGCCGGCAUAUCGGAGAAGGACUUCAACGAGUGGGUGCGUCCCGAGAAGAUGCUGGGUCCUUCUUAGGUUUUCCGCACUUGUUCCAUGUGUUACCCAUUCAUAAAUUCUAUAUUGCAAAAUUUAAUCGUUGAAUAUACAAUCGAGUGAAAGAUGUAAACAGUUUUGGUAGCACAAGG